UGCGGCUUCCGCCCUGUACCGAGCGGUGUGCACGAGGAAAGAUGGUGCCGCUUCCCGUACCUCCCUCUGUCACUGCCAUCCUGCUAGAUAUCGAGGGCACCACCACCCCCAUCACGUUUGUGAAGGACAUCUUGUUCCCUUACAUACAGGACAAUGUUGAAGAAUACUUGCACAAGCACUGGCACGAGGAGGAAUGUCAGGAAGAUGUUCGGCAGCUAAGAUUACAGAAAAAGACAGUGGACUGGAAGGAUUUGUGCCCAUCCCCAGCAGUACAGAUCAUGAAGCUGAGUUACAGGUUAUCAGAGGUGUGGUUGAUAAUGUUCGUUGGCAGAUGUCGCUGAAUAGGAAGACCACAGCUCUUAAGCAGCUCCAGGGCCACAUGUGGAGAUCUGCAUAUGCUACUGGAAAAGUGAAGGGAGAGGUAUAUGAUGACGUGGUGCCAGCUCUGAAAAAGUGGAAAGAAGCAAACCUGAAGCUGUAUAUAUUUUCCUCUGGAAGUGUUGAAGCACAGAAACUCUUAUUUGGUUACUCAAUUGAAGGUGAUCUCCUUGAGCUGUUUCAUGGCCAUUUUGAUACUACCGUUGGAUCUAAAGUGGAAAGUGAGAGUUAUAAAAGAAUUGCUGAAAAAAUUGGGUGCUCCACUGGGAAUAUUCUUUUCCUCACAGACAUUACUAAAGAGGCAGAGGCUGCAAGGACAGCAGGUGUGCACGUGGCUCUAGCAGUAAGGCCUGGAAACGCUGCUCUGACAGAUGAAGAGAAGUCAGAGUACCAUCUUAUACCAUCGUUUCAUCAGCUUCAACUGCCUAUGACCUAGGAUACCUCAGACAUCAUGAUCAAAAUUCUUUUCUCCACUCUAAUUCUAGAUAGAAGCUAGUAUAUUGCCUGAUUUUAAAUGAUAAUGUCAUGGCUGAAGAUUAAAAGGAAUGUCUUGAAUAUUUAAUUUUAGUUUUAGUAAAUACAUAUAAGUCUGUAGAAGCAAAAUAAUGUAAAAUAUUGAAGCUGU